AGCUACACAAGAGUUGGACGUCCCAAGGAUCCCAGAAAGCACUAACCGACCUACGUGCUGGUGGCGUAACGUCAUCUGUGUUUAUGUGGCCCUCUACUCCAGUUUUAUUAUCGGGGCUGUGGCUAAAUUAGCAUGGUAGCAUUUCGUCAAACAUGAUUUGACUACAUAGCAGACACAAAGGACAGAGAUGGCGGUGUGUGCACUGACAAUGGACGGGAUGGAAGACGGGGUGGCUGCAGUAAGCGGUGUGUUACUCCUGGUCUUGGCCCUGGUCCUGGCUUGGCUCUCCACGCAAGUGGCAGAUCGGGGAGACCACAUCCUGAGCACCAUCCUUACAGUUGGGGCCCACGCCUCUCUAAUCGGGCUGGGGGGCCAUGACAGUUACAGUGGAGGGCCACCCAGUGCAGACACACCAGAGCAGCAAACACCUCCACCCUCCCAGGAGAAUAAGCCAGAGGAGGGGGAGCCUGGGUCUGAGAGGGAAGAUGGGGAGAUAACAGGAGAGGGGACUGCAGGGGCUGGAGUUGACCUGCUGUUGAAUAUCCAGGGGAAGAAACCUCAGACAUACCAGCCUGAUGAUGAUGAAGAUGAUGAGGAUGACUAUGAGGAAGAAGACAAGGUUCAGAAGCUGAGCCCAGUGGUCUCCUGCACCAGCAUCACGGUUCGUUUGAAGUUCCUGAAUGACACAGAAGAGGUGGCAGUCCUGAGUCCCCAGGAUACAGUGGGUCUACUGAAGAGUAAGUACUUCUCAGGGCGGGAGCGUCAGAUCAAGUUGAUCUACCAGGGCCAGCUGCUUCAGGAUCCCAAACGGACUCUGCUCUCCCUCAACAUCUCUCACAACAGUGUGAUCCACUGCCACGUGUCCCAGGUGCUGCGGGAGGCCAGCCCAGAGGAGGCAGCUCGCUCUGGGGCUAGUGGGGGAAUCAGGGCUGCAGGCCUGGCUCUGAGCACCAGCAGCCUGGUGGUGCCUGUGUUUGUGGUGAUGUUAGCCGUGGUCUGGUACUUCCGCAUCAACUACCGUCAGUUCUUCACCGCCCCUGCUACCAUCUCCCUGGUGGGAGUCACUGUGUUCUUCAGCUUCCUCAUCUUUGGAAUGCACAGCCGGUGAGCGGGAGAGGAGGCAGGAUGGAAGGGCCCUCAUCUGGGCAGGAGAAUGAGAGGGAAAAACAACUGUGUCAGGAGGAUGAAUGGAGUCAGGGGGCCUCUGCCUCAGACACCAUAGAGCUCAACUGGAAUCUUAAGAGUGGGUGUGCCUGUGUUUGUGCAUGCACCAGCAAAUAGCAUAAUAUGAGAUUGAUUGUAUGUGCAGAGAUUUAAGUUAUCUGGAAUGUGUGUUUGUUAGUAUGAAGCAGAGAUAAUACUGAGUGGUAAUUUUGUUUCUCAGAAAAACAUUGAGUGGGUCCAGCUCCUGUUGGUCCUUUAUAGGGCAGAACCAUCAGCAUCACAGCCAGGACCACAGGCUGCUUGGUCCACUGUGUCAGCAACAUCUUCUGGUCAGUUUGGCUUCACAUAGCCUGUUCUGUGUUAGGUUGCUCUCAGUAAUUAGGGUCUCUAUUCAAUCAGAUCCGCUUAAGCCCACAUCAGUAUAGAAAUUGUGUGGGAGGUGGAACUGUGUUAGUGCUGUCAAUCCACUGAGGUAUAAGAACUGGAGACUGCGCCCAAUAUGUCCGCCUUUUGUUUUCAAGGUUAUCUACUCAUGUUCGCAUAGGCCAAUUCAUGUCUGUCUAUAUCCGGGUUGAAUCCAGUUUAUACAGACCAACAUCGCAUGCACACUAGCACUCAGUGCGCACAGGGUGCAGCGCAGACAUCAUCCAAAAACAUGGCAGACUGAUGAAUAUAAAAUGUUGGCAUUAGCUACAAAUAUUUGAAUAAUUAAAUGGAUGAUUUGUGCACAAAGG